AUGCUUAACUCGGUCUGGAAGGCAAAGGCACCACAGAAAGCUAUUAUGACAGCCUGGAGGGUGCUGAAAAACCGUAUCCCGACCUGCGAUAAUUUGAGGAAAAGACAGGUUCCGUUGUGCGAAGAAGACACCAAAUGUAAAGAAUGCGGAAUGCAAGAAGAAUCAGCCUAUCAUGUUUUCCUGGCAUGCCCAAAGAUGGAGGAGGCGUGGAACGAUUUGCAGAAAUGGCUGGGAACUGCUACGGUACGACCAAACUCGAUCGAAAGUCAUUUUGGUACGUUUGCCGCUUUUGGGAAAGAAAAGAAGGUUAAAAAUUUGCUCUUGGCUAUUUGGGUGUGUUGUAUUUGGUUAUUGUGGAAGAAGAGGAAUGAGAAACGCUUUGAAUAUAAGGAGUGGGAUCCUAAAAAACUUGUCAUGGAGGUCAAAAUUAGGAUGUGGAGUUGGAAUAGGAUUUUUGGGAUAGUUGAAGAUGUUUCUAAUUUGGAUUCUUGGUGUGCUGAUAAGUUUGUUCCCAGAAUGAUGUAA